AUGCUCUGUGGCGGGGCUGGCGGCGGUGGAGGUGGUGGGCUGAUGGCGGCGGAGGCGGCGCUGCGCUGAGGGAGCCUGUCCCGUCCCGCCGGCCCGUCCGCCGCGCUGCCAUGGGCAAUGAGGCCAGCCUGGAGGGCGGGGGAGCUGACGGGAGGCUCCCGCCCGGCCCCGCCGCCGGACACCCGUCGCCGCUCGGAGCUGCCAAGCCGCCUUCAGCACCAGGCGCCGCCGGACAGCUCCCGGGGAGAGCAGCGGCCCCCGCGUCCGCCGACAGCACACCAAGAAGACCGGCUCAGUCGGAUCUCCCAGUUGGAGAGAGAUCAGCUUCCCCAUCCCUUAAACAGUCUGCCCAGACCCAUGAAAGCACAAGAGAGAUGCUGAGCCAUGGACACGCCAGCCAACAAUCAGAUGGACCUAGGAGGAUGCUCCAGGUGGACACCAGAAUUCAGAGAUCAGGACGAUCUCCCUCUGUAUCACCAGAUCGAGGCAGCACCCCUACCUCACCUUAUUCUGUCCCACAAAUUGCACCCCUUCCAAGCAGCACUCUCUGUCCAAUAUGCAAGACAACAGAACUCACUUCCUCUCCUAAUCAGCCAAACUUCAACACUUGUACACAGUGUCACAACAAGGUCUGCAACCAGUGUGGAUUCAACCCCAACCCCCAUCUCACUGAGGUGAAAGAAUGGUUAUGUUUGAAUUGCCAGAUGCAGAGAGCUUUGGGAAUGGACAUGACCACCGCACCUCGCUCCAAAAGCCAGCAGCAGCUACAUUCCCCUUCACUUUCUCCAUCCCACUCCCCAGCCAAACAUCCCCAGCCUCCACCCCUGGGAAUGACAGGACAGGAGAAACCACCAGGAACUGUGCAGCCGGGCAUUAGGCAGGGUGCUGGUGUUCUGCAAUCAGAGUCACCAAAAUCACCCCAAGCUACAGCACAGAGGGAACAACACAGCCAAGGCCAGCCAAAACCUGCUGCACCUCAGGAAGUGGUGAGGUCUUCCCCUCAGCAUCAAGCAAAGCCUUCCGCCUGUGACCAGAGACAGACUGUGGGAGACUCCCCAGCAAAGACUUCAGCACCCCCCCACAGUGCUGCAGCACAAGAGCAACUCCAAGAGGGCCUCACAGAAAAGCUCUUCGGGUUUGGGGCUUCUCUUUUGACCCAGGCAAGCACACUCAUGUCUGUCCAGCCAGAGGCCACCCUACAAAGUCAGCAGUCCCCUGGCAAAGUGCCUCCAAAAAUUGUCUUCAGUGAUGCCAGCAAAGAAGCUGGACUCAGAGCCUCAAGUGCUACAUCUGGAGCACAGAGUAGGGCUGGGACUACCCCAGCUACAAAGCAAGGAAAAGCAGAACAAGUCAUCAAGCCAAAGGAAGUGCUGAAGGAAAGAGUCUUGUGCCCCCUCUGCAAAUCAGAGAUCAAUGUGGGCUCCAGGGAACCAUCCAACUAUAAUACCUGUACGACCUGUAAACAGCAGGUCUGCCUCAUGUGUGGAUUCAACCCAACACCUCAUCUUGUGGAGAAAAAUGAAUGGUUGUGUUUGAACUGCCAAACUCAGAGGCUGCUAGAAGGAAGCCUAGGAGACCCUGCUCCAAUACCACUACCUGCUUCAAAGCAGCAGCCAACAGGAUCCCCCCGACACCAACCAGGGGGAGCUGGUCAGUACAGAGGAGGUCCUCAACCUGUAACAGCUCAGAAGUCAGAAAUGUCCACUCCCCAGGACAGGAACCUCCUCCAAGGAAAGCAUAUCCGGACUUCAGAGCAGAGCAAGCUGCAGGCAAUGAUGAAAGAGAGCAAGCCCACUGCCCCCUCAGAAGAAAAGCCACUGCCAAAACUUCCUGGUGAGGCUCCAAAAGUUCCUGAAAGUGCAUCACCAAAGGGGAAAAGUAUGGCUGCGAAGCCAGAAGCAGAGAGCAAAGCAAGCAAGGCAGUCACUGAGGCUCAGCAAGUGAGAGAGCAGGAGGAGACAAGCAAGCCUUAUCCCCAUGACCUGUCCCGCAGCCCCCAAAGCCUGAGUGACACUGGCUACUCAUCAGAUGGCAUCUCCAGUUCCCAGAGUGAGAUCACUGGCCUGGUGCAGCAGGAAGAGGAGCAGCUGAAUGGCACUGGCCUGGAAGACCAGAGCCCUACCAGUCCUUCUGAACUUACCAAACUGGAGAGUAGUGUGCGCCCCUUGCUGGAGUCAAAGGGCAUUUCCCAAGAGCAGAGCAACAGAGGGAGAAUGUAUCAUGAGUUACGGGAAGAGCAGCGACAGAGGCAGAGGCCUCGGUCCCUUUCUAUCACCCCCGAAGCCUUUGAUUCUGAUGAGGAGCUGGAAGACAUCAUGGAAGAAGAUGAAGACUCUCUGGAAUGGGAAAACCAGAGGGAUCAAAGAGAGAGUGUGGAGUCAUCUGACGACUUAGGCAGCAAGCUGCGCCAUGACUAUGUGGAGGACAGCAGCGAAGGAGGGGUCUCCCCGCUGCCCAGCAGGCCGAAAGGCAGGGAGACAGAGAUGACUGAUGAGGAGUUCAUGAGGAGGCAGAUCCUGGAGAUGAGUGCAGAAGAGGACAAUCAGGAGGAGGAGGAAGAAGAGUACAGUCACGUGAAACACAGUGUAACAAAAAGUGGGCACAAGCCUGACCUGGAGAAAAGCAAAGAGCCAACCUCAUCCAAGAGGCGUCUGCCUCACGUCUCUACCAGUAUGUAUGAGGAGGAGAGGAAAGAGCUGGAAGUUAUUGAGGGGGAGGAUGUAACCACAUCCCAGGGAGGACUGCGGCGCUUCAAGACCAUUGAGUUAAAUAGCACGAGCAGCUACAGCAGGGACAUGGAGCUUAGCCAGGAUGCAGACAUUAGCCUGGACAGAGAGCCGGAGCUGGAGAUGGAGAGUCUGACGGGCUCCCCAGAGGAACGUUCAAGGGGGGAAUAUUCCUCCACCUUGCCAGCAACUACACCCAGCUACACGUCAGGCACUUCCCCUACUUCCCUCUCAUCUCUGGAGGAGGACAGCGACAGCAGUCCUAGCCGUCGGCAGCGACUAGAAGAGGUGAAGCAGCAGCGCAAAGCUCGGCAUCGCUCCCAUGGUCCCUUGCUACCAACCAUAGAGGAUUCGUCAGAGGAGGACGAACUGCGUGAGGAAGAGGAGCUCUUGCGGGAACAGGAGAAGAUGCGAGAGGUGGAGCAGCAGCGCAUCCGAAGCACCGCACGCAAAACUAAACGGGACAAAGAAGAGCUGAGGGCACAGAGGAGGAGAGAGAGAUCCAAAACCCCACCUAGUAACCUGUCUCCCAUUGAAGAUGCUUCGCCCACAGAGGAGUUGCGCCAGGCAGCAGAGAUGGAGGAGCUGCACAGGUCCUCCUGCUCAGAGUACUCGCCCUCCAUCGAUUCAGAGGCAGAGGGCUUUGAUGUCAUAGCCUCCAAGCUGUACAAAUCUGGCAGUGAGUACAACCUGCCAACAUUCAUGUCUCUCUACUCCCCAACAGAAAAAACAAACAGCAGCUCCCAUUACCCUUCCAGUAAGCCCCUGAAAAGUGCUGAAGAAGCCUAUGAAGAGAUGAUGAGGAAGGCUGAACUGUUCCAAAAGCAACAAGUCCAACAGUCUCAGCAAAGCGCCUACAGCAAUGCCUACCAACAGGUAGGGUACCACAGUGCAGAAGGCCAGAGCAGUUUUGAAUACCAGUACAUAGAGGAGUACAGCUACGAUAAUGGGCGUAUGGACUCCUGUCCAUCUGACUUUCAGCAUGAACUUUCAGAGCCAGGAGCAGUGUAUGAGGAAAUCCUGCAGACAUCACAGAGCAUUUCCAGGAUGCACCAGUCCUCCUCGUUUGAUUUGGCCCUAGAAGAGGAGAAAAAGAAGAAAGGGAGAGAAGAAACAUAUCAGGAAAAGCAGUUUCUGAAUGCUGAGAGUGCUUAUGCUGAUCUGAUGAAGCAAAACAGCGGUCCACUCACACCAGGAACAAGCCCCACCCAGUUAUCGGCUCCUGUCUCAUUUUCCUCCUCUGAAGGCAGCACAGGCAGGGUAAUUCCUGAUGUUAGAGUCACUCAGCAUUUUGCAAAAGAGGGGCAUGAUCACCCAAAGCUUCACAGCUCACCGGCAGCACCCAGCUCAGCUCCCAAGGUCAUGACAGCUCCCUAUACUUACAGCAGAGGCUUCAGCACAGUCACAACUGUUGUUUCUAGCCCAGCAAGUGCUCCACGAAUCUACAGUUCUCCAUCUCUGAGUGGCUCAGAUGUAACACCUGUAUCUAUCCCUAGCAGAAGCUACAGUCAGACGAAAGGCACCGCGAAUUAUAGCUCUCAGACAGAGGACGACUCCAGGAGCCAGAUUGCUGCUGAGCUCUGUGGAGCAUCAGCAAGAGAGAACCUCCAAAGUAAGAGUGAGAGCAAGACCAAUGUCCCUGUGUCAUCUAAAAUGUAUUCCUACUUCCAAAGCUCCAGCCCCCUGCUUUCCCCGACAUCUCCUACUCAAAGUUCCACUCAUUCUGCUCCAAAAGCAGGGCAGCCAUCCAGUAAGGCAACUGCAGAGUUUUCCACUCAAACUCAAAGCACAGUUUUCUCCUAUGAUAUUCCCACUACCACUGGUGCAUCAAUGUCCUCUCCAAUGAUUGCUCAAGGGACCCAGACACCCCAUCGUGCGAGCUCUCCUCGCCUUGCUAGGCAGCAGUCAUCAAAAGAAGCUCCAUUUAUGGUCAUCACAUUAGCAUCAGAUGCAUCUAGCCAAACCAAGCUAACAAGCAUGUGCUCCUCAACCUCCCCAGCCUCCUCUCCCACUCGACUGAGCCACCAGCAAACAAUGCAUAGCUACAGUCAGACAGCAGUCAGCACAACACAGCUUCAUCAGGAGCAGCUGCAGUCCACUUAUGCCAAGACACAGUCAAUGAUAGAAAGAGCCUCUGCUGCCAGUGCCAUGCUUCAGAAAGGGCAUGCCACUUCUGUUGCUGACAGCACUGCUGGUGUGUACAGCUGGGGGCCCCUGCCUGCAGAAAACAUCUCCUUGUGUAGAAUAUCAUCAAUCCCUGGCACGUCCAGAGUAGAACCUGGACCCAAGCCACAGACCACUAAUGCUGUGGACCUACGGACUGCUAUAAAGUCAGCCCCAAUCAUCAUAACAGACCAAGGCAUGGAUCUCACUUCCCUAGCUACAGAGAGCAGAAAAUACUGCCUCACUCUGGAACAGACCCCAAGUAGGCAAUCCACAACCGUCCAACCCUUAAUCAUUAACCUCAAUGCUCAGGAACAACCCCAUGCUAUUAUAGGCACAACUACUACAGUCAGCAUAACUGUCGACUCUUCCAUGCUCGUGUCACAACCCAAGCAGCCUUUGGUCUAUGGAGAUCCUUUCCAGAACAGGAUGGACUUUGGGCAAGGGGCAGGAAGUCCAGUCUGUCUGACUCAUGUUAAGCAGGUAGAGCAAGCAGUGCAGACUGGCACCUUCCGAGGGAGCAUGAGCAGCAUUGGCAUUUCUGCACCAAGCACAAAGCCAGAAACGGCCAGUCCUCAGCAAACCAAAUUUGCAAGAUAUAAUUUGCCUAACCAGAUGAUGUCCUUGGUGAAGAAAGAUGUGCUAAUCACUCAGACUAGCAGCGCCCAGAGCGCUGUUAGUAUCAGCACCAGUCCGAGGCCAAUUCUUCAGGACCAAAGCACAGACCUAUAUAGAGGGGUGCCAGUGGGACUGAAAACCCAGAGUCCUCCAAUCAACCUGGGAGGCAAAAAGUCCCAAACCAUGAUGGUGCAGAUGAAUGAGAUAGCAGCAGUCCCAGUAACAAAGCUGAUCAAAGAACCACCACCUGCCAGUGCAUUGGAUCUCACUGGGAUAAAGCCUGAAAGCCAGGUGGCAUGCUGUGAUGUAGUGUACAAAUUCCCCUUCGGCAGCAGCUGCACAGGUGCCUUCAACCCCUCCCCCAAGAUCCCGGAGAAGAACAUUGGGGACGCUGCUCAAACUGGCAAACCGAGCAUUCAGUACUAUGGAAACAAAGAGCCAGACCUGCCAGAGACAUAUCCCUACAGAGAGCAAACAGGCCCUGCUCCCAGCCUGUACGAGGAGCAGCGGUUCUACCCACAAGGCUUGUUUGGGAGGCUGUAUUCAUCCAUGUCAGAUACAAAUCUGUCGGAAAUUGGUCUGAACUAUUACCCCCCGAAGGCGGAGCAGCCCUUCCACUCCCCUUCAGGAGACUCUGCUGUGGAUUUGACCACAAUGAAACAUUCCUACAGCAUCAGCUUCACUGAGGGGGGCUACCUGGGUCAGGGAAUGCAGUACGGCUCGUUCUCUGACCUCCGGCAGCCCACAGACUUGUUAAGCCACCCGCUCCCAAUGAGGCGGUACAGCUCAGCCUCCAAUAUCUACUCCGAUUACAAGUACUCACCCAGAGGAGACCUGGCAAAUUUCCAGGAAUCCAGUCUGGCCCAGUACAGUGCCACCACAGCUCGGGAAAUCAGCCGCAUGUGCGCAGCACUCAAUUCCAUGGACCAGUAUGGGGCUAGGCACUCGAACAGCACUGACCUCCUGCAGUAUGGGCCAGCAGGGGGCAGUGGCAUUUCAGCGCCACAGGGCAUUUCUGCCAUCAAACCAAACAAUAUGUACAAUCCCAACUUCCCAGAGACACGCCAGUACAGUCUCUCCGGUGCCCGGCUGGGAGCUGCCAGGCAGAUCUUCCCUUCCACAGCCACAGUGCGGGCAGCAGACGGCAUGAUUUAUUCCACAAUAAAUACUCCCAUAGCAUCCACCCUUCCCAUCACCACCCAGCCAGCUUCUGUGCUGCGGCCAAUGCUCCGAGGCUUAUAUCGACCCUACACCCCAGGCAAUAUCGCAGCGGUCCCUCUGGCCAGCCUGACCAGAGUGCCUCUAGUUACAUCAAGGGUCCCCUUUGCUGCCCAAGGCCUGUAUCGCUAUUCAGCUCCUAGCAGGUUCCCGUCUGUUUCUACAACCUCAGUGUUGGAAAUGCCCAUGUACUUGGGGAAGCCUCUUAGCACUACUGCAGCCAGCACAGCUGCAAGCAAUGUUAGCCCAGUGUCUGCUGCCAAAGCACCAGCUCCUACUGCAAUGAACCUGCAAAGACCUGAGCAGACAGGAGCUGGUGCUCGAGAGGAGGUGCCCAUGGCAGCUGCUGGCAUGCAGAGUGCCUCAAAAGAGACCAGUCAGCCUCAGCAGCCACCACCCCCAGUCCAAACCCAGCAGGCCGAGGUAUCCCAAGCCAGCGUCCCCAGCAAAGGCAGCACAGAGCGAGAGGAGAAGGAGAAGGAAGAGGAACGCCAGAGAAAGCAGCAGGAGCACAUCCUCCAGAUUGAGAGGGAGAGGGUGGAGCUGGAGAAACUGAGGCAGCUGAGGCUGCACGAGGAGCUGGAGAGGGAGCGUGUGGAGCUUCAGCGACACAGAGAGAAGGAGCAGAUGCUGGUGCACAGGGAGAUCCAGGAGCUGCAGUCCAUAAAGCACCAGGUCCUGCAGCAGCAGCAAGAAGAGCGCCAGGCCCAGUUUGCCCUGCAGAGGGAGCAGCUGGCCCAGCAGCGCCUGCAACUGGAGCAGAUUCAGCACCUGCAGCAACAGCUGCAACAGCAGCUAGAGGAGCAGAAGAGGCAGAAAAGCACCUUCCCCCCUGUGUGUGACCCCGCAGGAAGGAUCCCUCCCCAGGCCGUGUCUGAGAUAGCCAUGGAAAUGCAAAGGACCCUGGCCCAAAAUGGUCAGUAUUGGCCCCCCCUGAACCAGCCCUUCAUGGCUCCUGCAGCCCCAGGGCAGGAAGGGCCAGCACCAUCCCGCUACUCCGGGCUCCAGCGCCCACUCACCAACUCUACCUCUGAAAUAUCCCUGCAGCCUGAGGAGCAGUGGGAAGCUAGCCAGGGGAUAAAGAAGAGGAACUCCAUGCCACGCCUGCGGGACACCUAUGACAAAGAGACCCCCCACGAGCCCUACGUGGUGAAGAAGAUCACGGACAGCAGCGUGCAGACUGAUGAGGAGGACGGUGAGGAGCGUUACUUCCUGUCUCGGCGCCGGCGCUCCCGGCGCAGCACCGACUGCAGCGUGCAGACUGACGAGGAGGACAAUGCUGAGUGGGAGCAGCCGGUGCGCCGGCGGCGAUCCCGUUUCUCCCGGCACUCAGACUCCAGCACUGAGAGCAAGCAAGACUCCUCCUCCAAAGGCAUGGCCAGCAUAGGCAUCCAGACCAGCAGUGACUGCUCUGUACAGACUGAGCCCGACCAGCUGCCCCGCGUUUCGCCCUCCAUCCACAUUACCACCCCUGACCCCAAGGUGAAGAUCGUGAAGUAUAUCUCUGCGCCAGAGAAGACCCAGCGAGGGGAGAGCCUGGCCUGCCAGACUGAGCUGGAAGCACAGCCGCAGCCAGGUAUCGUGGUCCCCCAGCUCACUGUGCCUACAACCAUAACACCCUACUCCUCCAACCUCCAGCUGGUAAGCACAGGCCCCCUGGACCCACGUGCCAUCCGGCAGCAGGCCCUUGGCAAGUUUGAGAAGAAGAAGCCCGAUCCUCUGGAAAUUGGGUACCAGUCCCAUUUGCCCGCAGAGUCCCUUUCUCAGCUAGUGACCUGCCAACCUCCCAAAUCCCCCCAGGUACUCUACUCCCCUGUCUCUCCUCUUUCCCCCCAUCGGCUGUUGGAAUCCUCCUUCACUACCAGUGAAAGACUUAACAAGGCUCACGUGACACCACAGAAGCACUUCACAGCUGACUCUAUCCAGCGCCAGCAGACCCUGCCUCGCCCCAUCAAAACCAUGCAGAGAUCCUUCUCUGACCCCAAGCCCACCAGCCCAACCUCAGAGGAGUCUGGGAAGGACAGGUUCUCCAUAUACCAGCACCCUUUACUCCAAGGCAGUCAGAUCUCCGCUUUGCAGUCAAACACUCUGAUGCGGAAGGUGAAGCGGACACUGCCCAGCCCCCCUCCGGAGGAAGCUCACCUGCCUCUGGCCAGCCAAGCCCACUCCCAGCUGUACUUGCCCAGCUUCAUGCAGAAGGGGGUAGGAGAACAGGCCACUCAGGUAACCAAAGCCACCCUUCUCAGAGACAUCGACCGUGACCUGAAGCUGGUGGAGCAUGAGUCCACGAAGCUGCGGAAGAAGCAAGCAGAGCUGGAUGAGGAAGAGAAGGAGAUCGAUGCCAAGCUGAAGUACUUGGAGCUGGGCAUUACUCAGAGGAAGGAGUCUCUUCUGAAGGAGAGGGGAGGGCGGGAUUAUCCUUACCCGAGAUGCCUGGGCGAGAACCGGGACUACAUGUCUGAUAGCGAGCUGAACAAUUUACACCUUUCCAGCUACGAGGGCAGCAGUCUGCUCAGCAGGCCCAGCACUGCCCCCACUAACCAUUACACUGACUUCUCCAGCACACAGUACACAUCAGCCUCCUCCUAUGCCCCUUACCCAUACCCAGCAGCCCCACCUGGCCCUGCCGCCUUCCAGCAAACACGGCUCCAGCCCCCCCACUACCCUGUGGUCAGCAGUGGCACAUCUCAGAAUGGCUUCCAGGCUGGGCAGCUCCCCGCCUUCCCCUCCCAAAGUACAUAUCAGACACACAGCUUCCCUCCCAGUACCGGUUACCAGCCCCAGCUGGGCUUGCAGAGCCAUCAAGGCUUCCGGCCGCCUCAUCACUAUCAAGCUCAGACCACAUAUCCCAACCAGCCACCCUCACAGCCAGCACAGAGUGCCCUCUUCCAAACGCAGGCAGAUGUGCACACCAUGCACCAGAAGCCAUGGCAGACAUCACUAGCAGACUUGGAGCAAAAGAUCCCCACCAAUUAUGAAGUGAUUGGAAAUCCCACCGUGGUGAUCUCCUCAGCAGCCCCAGAAGUUACAUACAGCCCCACGACAGUGACCAGCGGCUAUGCCCAGCACACGGCUUCAGAGGCCAGGCCAGCUGACCAGAGCAAUGCCAUGCAAAGCCCCUCAGCCAGUUACGCUUCAGAUUCUCUGUACACAAACCUGGAGCAGAACAUUCCCCGCAACUAUGUGAUGAUCGAGGACAUCAGCGAGCUGACCAAAGAGAGCACUGCAGCAGACAGCCACAAGGGGGAGAUGCAGGUGCAGAGCAGCACUGGCCACCAGAUCAAAGAGAAGAGUGAGCUGGUGGAGAUGGAAGGCUCCAGCAGAACUUGCUGCUACUCCAAAGCAGAGGAGUCAGAGGAGGAUAUGUAUGAUCAGCCUGGUGCCGACCAUAGGGGGAAGAACAGCUACCACAGGGGCAUGGAGAGCAAUGGCAGGAUGUCAGGCAGUUCCAGCAGCCCCUGCUCCUAUUAUGGGGACGAUUAUCGGCACUCCGCACGCUCAGAAAAGCAUGGCUCUGGACUGGGGAUGCAGAAACAUUCCUCCAAAAACCUGGCCCCUGCUGUCAUCUCAUCCAAGCGCAGUAAACACAGGAAACAAGGCAUGGAGCAAAAGAUCUCCAAAUUCUCCCCCAUAGAAGAAGCCAAAGAUGUGGAGUCGGACCUGGCCUCCUACACAGUGACUACGUCUAUCAGCAGCAGCAAUGUGGCAUCCAGGGCAAAGAAGCUUCAGGACGAGAUCACCUACGGCCUCAAGAAGAAUGUGUAUGAGCAGCAGAAAUACUAUGGCGUGUCCAGCAGGGAUAUGACAGAAGAGGACGAUCGAGCAUACAGCACUGGAAGCAGGUCUAGAUCGUCGGGUUAUGGGACAGAGAAAUCAUCAAGCCGCGAUGCCAGCAGCAGAAGCAAGUCCUAUGAGAGAGAGUGCAUGGAGAAGCCUCAGAAAGGAAGCUCCAAACCAUCUUCCCUUAGUAUGAGUCAGAGUCGAGGGCGGCCUCCGAUUCGUACACAGACCACUGAAGAGGAAAGUCCCAUCAGCCCUUUAGGAAAGUCUGUGGGCAUGUCCCGCUCCUCAGGUGGACCUCUCCCUCAGUCCUCUGGGGACAGCUGUUCCCAGUUCUGCUCCAGCCACUCGUUGCCUGAUGUGCAAGAACAUAUCAAAGAUGUGCCAAGGAACCACUCUUACAAGCAUGAAGAAGGUUACAUCAUGGAUGAUUCACAUUGUGUUGUUUCAGACAGUGAAGCCUAUCAUUUGGGUCAGGAGGAGACAGACUGGUUUGAUAAGCCCAGGGAAGCUCGCUCAGAGCGGGUAAGGUACUACACUGGCCACUCCUCCUCCCAGAAGAGACCUCCCAUCAAACACACCUUUCAUGAUUACGAUGAGCCUCCAGACGAAGACCUGUGGCAGCACGAUGACUAUUCUCAGGCACGUCACCCUUCUUCCAAAGACCACCGGCACCAUGGAGAGUAUGGAAGGCACUCAGCCUCUUCCCGCCACCCAAGUGAUGAACAGCCCAGGAGGACAUCCAAGCAGCAUGCCCGAGACCAGGGCCGUCAUGAAGUCCGCACACACAUGCAGCCAUCUGCCCAGAAGAAGGCCCAGCAGUCAGACACGAGAGCCCAGCCAGCUUUCCCCUCCAGCUCAGUGGAGUACUUGCAGCAGUCCCAGCAGCCGUCCAGCUACCACCAUACCUCAGAGUCCCAGAAGUCCCAACGGCAGGCUCAGCAUGGGCCACUGCCCCAACAGCCGAAAACAGAGCCCUUGCUGCACCAUUCACAGCAGCAGUCGCAAACAAGGCAGCAGCAAUCCGGGCAGCAGCAGCUGCCAUCCAGGCAGCAACAGCCAUCAGCCAGGCAGUCUCCACAACAGCAAGCAGGCCCUUCGCAGCAACCUGCUCAGCCACAGAAGGAGCAGCAGCAGCAGCAAGCUAGGAUGCAGCAACAGCCGGGGGCUCAAGGACCACCCUCUUCUCGGCCACCACAACAACAGCCCGUCCAGUCCCAGCAUGUCGGGAAGCCCCAGUCAACCCUCCCUGCACAGCCAGGCAGUCACCAAGUAGGGCUACCAAAAGUGGAUCAGGUGGAUACGCCCAAACCCACCACAAAAGUGCCACCACCGCAUGGGAGAGCGCCCCAAGCACAACCACUGGGAACGACUGCAGCAGGUAUUAAAGUGGGUCAGAAGCCAUCAGGGGCUCCCCCACCAACUGGGGCAGCAGCUGGACAGUCCGGGGUGGAUGGAGAGAGUGUGUUCUCCAAAAUCCUGCCAGGAGGAGCCGCAGAACAAGCCGGCAAACUGACAGAAGCGGUGUCGGCAUUCGGAAAGAAAUUCACGUCGUUCUGGUGAGCAAAUGCUGCAAGUAACCCACCUGCUAUUUGCAGACUGCACCGCCCUGCUCAGGCGGGAAUUGCCUGGGGGUGCCUCUCAUUAGAUGCCCCAACCCCCCCCCCCUCUUCCACUGACAGGAGGCUGGGAAAGCGGGUGGAGAUCUAGUCUUCGCAGUGGAAAAACCUAUGAAGAAACCAGUGAAUUCAGCAGGCAACGUUGGACUCUGGGUAUAACAGUGAGUGCCCCUGGGUACAGCCGUGAAGGUGGGGUCGGCUUGGGGUACAGCUGCAAGGGGGACUGCUAGGGAUACAGCUGCAUGAGGGUCCGAUGGUACAGCUGCACGGAGUUCUGAUGGUACAGCUGCAUGGAGGUCAGGGGUACAGCCACGUGGGGGUCAGGGUACAGCUGUGAGGGGAACUGCUGCUUUUUGCCUUUUGCAGAUUGGAUUAUGUGGAAAUUUAGUGCUCAUGAAAUUAAUGCCCAUGGGCAGUGUCAGGCACACAGCAAGCUUCCUCCCCCUGCUCUGCCAGUGCCUCUCAAACACCCGCCUUGCAGCCACCAGCUAGCCCAGCCCCAUUCCACAGCCCCUGCUAGCCCAGCCCUGGGCUCCCCACUCUCCCAGCUCUGUCGGAGCCCUCUCUCCCAACCCACAGACCUCUGAUAUUCCAGCCCUGGCCUCCCCCCUCCCCCAGCUCUGCUGAUGCACCUCAUUCCCAACCCACAGCUCCCUGCUGUUCCUGAAAAGAGUAUGCCUGUCGUUGAAGCCGUGUGUGGGCUUUGUGCUGAUACCAGAAUGCUCAUUUCCCAUGUGCCAUCAGUCUCAGUGCAUUGGAGAGCAAAAUGCCUGAGCACUGAGAAGACACUGGGCCAAGGUGUGGUACAUUUGCUGUAUGAUGAAGCUGGCAGGGCGAAGAUGGCUGGAAAAGGGCAGUGCCCCCCAAGCCGGAAGUGGAUGGGCCAUUUGAGAGGCCCUUGUCCCAGUGGGAAGAACAAAGUGUGUGAGGGGCUCAGCCUAUCACUCCCUUCUCUGGGAACCAGACCCUGCCCCAUGCCAUCUCCUGGGCAUGGCAGCCAGGCAGCCAUUGCCCUAGGCUGCUCAGUGUCCAGGCCGGCUCCCCCAGCCCUGCUCUCACCAACAUUCGCACCCUAUGCAGCUGUUCACACGGGUACAGCAGAGGGUCUGACAGGGCAGGCUGCUCCCUGUGGUGUGCGCACUGCACGGAAUGUAAUAACAGUCCCUGCCUGGGAGAGCUGGGUGUGAGAGAUGGGACUGCCGGCCCAUGUUUCCCCACAGAGAUGAGUUGAUCUCUCUUUGGCUGCCACUGCCCCAGCGCCCUCCCCACCAGCCCUUUGCCAAGGGGGACUGGACGACACUGUAGCUGCUGAAUCAUGGCAUGCCCAGGCCACUCCUCCUGCUUGGAGUAUUACCCACUGCUUGGGUGUCUCUGGGCUGCUGAACCCCUGCCUAGCAAUGGGUAGCUGAACACCAGAGCUAUGGCAGGAGAGCUGCGGGAGCCUGGCCUGGCUUGCUGGGGAGGUGGCGGGGCUGCAGUGCCAAUUUGCAGAGGGUGAAAUGCACAGCUCUGAGCCCAGAUUUAAGCUAAGGGCCCACUGGGGCUGGGCAGUUCAUUGGGUCAGGAGCUCCUCAGCCAUCUCCUUGAUCGUAAACAGGCUACACACUCCUCCCACUGGCCACUGUGCCUGCAGAGAGCUGUUCCCAAGCUAGAGGACUUGCACCAGGCGCUGCACACACACACAGUUGUCAAUGAUCUCUCUGUCUCUUUCUGUCUCUCAUCAAGCUUUUGAAACCAUGGAAACCACUAGGCUGCUUCACAGAUUGCAAGGCCAGAAGAGCCCAGCGUGACCUGGAAGGCCGAAGAGAGGAUGUUGGGUCUCACUGAGCAAACCAGGCCUUUACCUGUAGCAAACUUCUUCAGAGCCUUGAGGCAGCACUGCAGGAGGGCGUGGACCUCUUCUUGGCUCUGUGUACUGUCUGGAGCAAGCCAUGGGAACACCCACACAGCUUGGUGUCCAUCAGGAACAUUGCCAAAGCAUGGGCCUGUACCACAACGUGACUGUCACAGAGGUGGGGUUUGCCCUGCUCUCAGAGGAUACUUCUGAGCUUGUGCAGGACUGCUCCCUCCUGUGGUCUCCUUGGGCCGGGGAUCUGAUGGGGGGACCAUUGGCCCAUUCUUGAGAUUAUACACAGAGUUGCUCACUGACUGAAUCUUAACUCUAGUUUCUUCAUAGGUUUUUUCCCUCUCUCUGAGCCAUGUAUGAGUCUAGGGCUGGCAGCUGAAGGCUCCAAUCUCCUUCACAUUCCAGUUUGCCCCAUUGGCCCCUCCGCAUGCGCAGCAUUCCUGUACUCUCACCAUCCCUGCGACUGAAAGUGUUCCACACCCCCAUCCGGGGAAUUGAGAGAACUUCAAUUAGGACCUAACACUGUUUCCUUACUGAGAUACGAGGCCAUAGGACUCUGAAAGGCAGUGCGUAAACUGGCUGAUUUUUCCCAAAGCAGAUACUGGCCAGGCAUGUCUCUCAGCCGCCCCAAAGCCAUCCUGAAGCCAUUCUAAAGCAUUCAAAUGGCAGUGCUGUCCAUUGGUAACAUCACACAUUGUUUUAUGUAUGCCCGGGUAUUAUUUUUAUCUCCAUAACAGCCUUAAUCAUUCCACUUUGAUUUACAUCUAUACCUCAUCAACACCCAGGGGCUGGGGGUUUCUUGUUUCUUUUUGGUUUGGUUUCCUUUGUAUUGAAUUCUCUUUCCUUUCUGCUUUGUGCUAAGUUAGCACCCAGGCUGUUGUCUGUAGAAGCAAUAGAAUCCAGAAGGCUAUAAUGAGCACAAGGUCAGGAGAGCGCUGCCUCUGCCAUUCUCCUUCUUAUUACUGUGCAAUUCAAGUCCUUCUUAAGCCAUUGCAUGCUGAGAAAGAUGGAGGAGCUACUCACAGCAAAAUGUUUAACCUGCGAGGAUAAAGUUCCUCAGACCGUAACCCAGGAGAGCAAAAGGAAACCAAAUGGAAAGCUUGUUUCACCAUAGAGAAAUCAGCAAGUGUACAGAUAUUCUGGUUUUCAUUUGUUUGUGUUGUCAGUUUCCUGCCAGUCUCUUGUUCAUGCUGAGCAUGCUCAAAACAACAGUUCAUUGGUGUGAUCCAUCAGAGCUUCCAUCCACCUUGGGUAACCGCGAGCUAGUCUCAUGUCUAAUGUUCUAUGCAAUGAAAUACAAAAUUGAAAAAAUCCUGUUAA